AUGGGGCAAGGCCGCAGGCGGUCUGCUGCUGCUGCUGCUGCAGUUGCUGCAGCGCUGCUGCUGCUGCUUUUCGUCUCGCCCCCCGGCUUCGCCGCUGCAGCGCCCCCGGGCGACGACGACGGCGCCGUCGCGGGGACAUCCGCAGCAGCAGCAGCAGCAGCAGCAGCAGCAGCAGCAGCGCAGCAGCAGCAGGGCCUCCGGGCCAUUCUGCUGCCGCAAAACCCCCAAGGCUGGCAGCAAGUGCAGCAAAUCUUGGCGGAAGUGGAAGCAGGAAAAGUUCCCAAGACAGCUGGGGAGUACAAACAGCUCUUCACUUCCAUCUUAACUGCUGCUGGAAACUGGCGCGUGGACAAGCCCCUGCGCAUAGGCCCCCUCACCCACCACUUGGCCACCCACAAAAAUCUGUCGAAAUCUCUUUUGCCCUUUUUGGCUUCCCUCGCCCGCAGACUCCCAGACUUCUUCCCCAGUGGCAUUCGUCAUUUGGGGCGGGACAACCCGGCAGUGCAUUUGCGGCGAAUAGAAGUCUUGGCUUUACUUGCUGCUUUAUUCUUCGGCAUAGUAUACCCGCGGCAGCGGCUGCUGCUGCAGCAGCAGCUGCAGCAGCAGCAGCAGCAGCAGCAGCCGCUGCAGAUGAACGCCCCCGACAUGCACUACAGAGGCUUCUUCGAAAGGCCCCCCAAGUACCAGUCUUUGCUGCAGUACUUCCAGCAGAUGCACCAAACUGUGGGGAGUUGCUGGCAGCAGAUGCUGCAGCGGGGCGACGUGGGGCCGCUGCGCUGCAGCAGCAGCAGCAGCAGCAGCAGCAGCAGCGGCUGCAGGUGCACAGAAGUGACCUUUCUGGGGACGAAAAGACACGUGGCUGCUGCAGACGAAGUUGUCAGUUUUUACUUCCAAGUUCCGGAAGAAACUGUCUUCACUUCUCCCGAAGGAUUCGAAGUUGUUCGUCCCGAAAUAAAACUCGAAAAUGUUCUCCAAGACAAACUUCCUUUACUUCCAAUUCAAGUUCAUUUAAAUGGCGACAUCACCAAGGCCGACGGCGCCGUCCAGGUGGACUUUGCGGACAGGUUUCUUGGAGGAUUGACAAUGCAUGCAGAUCAUUUAGCUCAGGAAGAAUUGAUUUUCACUUUAAAACCCGAAUUAAUUGUUGUAAUGCUUUUUACACAAGCUUUAAAAGCUGACGAAGCUGUUGUUGUUAAAGGCGCAGAGUCCUUUACUCUCUACAGAGGGUACGAGAGGACGUUUGAGCUGCGAGCAGCAGAAGUGCCUGAGGGGUGCCACUGGAGUUUGCAUGGUUUGUGUCCUUUGGAUGGUUUGGGGCGGCGAGCAGCAACAGUAGCAGCAAUAGAUGCUUUGAUAGUUCGAAACCCUAAUUCGCAGUAUCAGGAAAACAAAAUGAAAAGAGAAGUCCUAAAGGCCCUUUUAGGGUUUCAGGGAGACCCCUUCGAGGCCCUCCUCGGAGAACCCAAGGCGCCCGUCGCCACCGGAAAGUGGGGCUGCGUGAUAUUCGGGGGGGACAACCAGCUGAAGACUGUGCUGCAGUGGAUAGCAGCAAGUGCAGCAGCAAGGCCUUUGCAGUACAUGGCUUUUGGAGACAAAAGUUUGUCGGGAAUGCAGCAAACUUUAGAUCAAAUCAAAGAAAAGUUCAAAACCACUGCAGACCUUUUUGCUGCUGUUCUCGAAGUUGUUGCUCGCAGGGGCUCUGCGUUCAGACACUCGAGGCAGUGGAGUUUGUGGCGCGAGCUGCUCAGCCUCUGA